CCCAAGUGGCCCAGGCUGUUUCUUGAAGAAAAGCAGCGUAUUCGGCAGAUCAUUGUCAACUUAAUACUGGACAUUGAGCAUGUUGGUUCAACCGGGAUUCCCAGCAUGGCUGCCAAGCCAAUCAUCGAUAUACAGGCCGUCGUAAACAAUUUUAAUAACCCAAGAAUCUGCGUUACGGGACUGCGCUCUCUCAGAUAUGCGUACAAGGGGGAGUGCAAUAUUGCGGGUCGCGAGUAUUUCAAAAAGCCUGGAUACCACAUACACAUGGUGCAAAUCAACAACGCCGAGUAUACCCGCAGGAAAUUGUUCGUUCAGUACCUACGUGAUAACGAGGAUGCUCGCAUCGAGUAUGUGAAUUUGAAGAGACAGCUAGACAACAAGUGAGCGGGGCACAGAGAGGGACAAUACAAAUACACCAACGACAAGACUGAUUUUAUCGUGGGCAUCCUGCGAAAGGCCGGCUGGCAGCAAUAAUUUUUAUGAAUAUUGGCAUUGUUAUAGUAAGAGGGGGGUGUGAGGAGCACUAGUUGUCUAGUGUUAAAAGUUAGGGGUGAUUUUAUAAAUGGUUUUAUU